AUGGCCCACCCCACGAUCACCACCUCAGCGACUACGCUGUCCACCUCCUUCUGCCCGGCCUCGACGACACCAGCAGUCAUUAUUCCCGGCCGUUCCCCACUGACACUCUCCUACGCGCAGCUUUACCAGCAGACGAGUGCCUUCCAGCGCACCCUCGCGUCAAUCGGUAUCGCCCCACACUCCGCCGUCUCAAUCGCGCUGCCAAACAACCUCGAAUUUAUCAUCUCCUUCCUUGCUGUCGCAGCCCAGCGCGCUAUCGCGGCGCCAUUGAACCCAAACUACAAACAGUCCGAGUUUGAGUUCUAUAUCGAUGACCUCAAGAGCGCUCUGAUCAUUGUUCCUGCUGGCGCUGUAGCUGCAGAUGCGCCUGCUGUCAAAGCUGCUAGAAAGUUUGGCGCUGCGGUGGCGGAGGUUGCCUGGGACGCCGGAAAGGGCGAGGUUGUGUUGGUGGUGAAGGAGAAGGGUUCAUUGAAGGGUGUAGUCCCUGUAGCCAAGGCGGAGGAGGAGGAUGUGGCGUUGGUGCUGCAUACCAGCGGUACUACGGGGAGACCCAAGGCGGUACCGUUGACGCACAGGAACUUGACAAGAACAAUGAGCAACAUCAAGGCCACCUACCAGCUGUCGCCCGCAGACCGCACCUACCUCGUGAUGCCUCUAUUCCACGUUCACGGUCUGCUCGCUGGCUUCCUCGCCCCCCUCCUCUCCGGGGGAACUGUCAUUGUCCCACCAAAGUUCUCUGCCAAAGAGUUCUGGCACGACUUCAUCACGCACGGCGCAACAUGGUACACUGCCGUGCCAACAAUUCACCAAAUUCUCCUCAAGUCCCCGCUUCCAAACCCAAUUCCCAAAAUCCGCUUCAUCCGCUCCUGCUCCUCCCCACUCUCCCCUACCACCUUCCACGCACUCGAGGCAGCCCUCAAGGCUCCCGUGCUCGAGGCCUACGCGAUGACUGAAGCAGCCCACCAAAUGACUUCGAACCCUCUUCCUCCAGCCGCGCGCAAGCCUGGCACGGUUGGUCUCGGCCAGGGCGUCGACGUUGCUAUCCUCGACGACAACGGUAACGAGGUCCCGCAGGGUAAGGAGGGCGAGAUCUCUAUCCGCGGUGUCAAUGUCACAAAGGGGUACAUCAACAACCCGAAGGCCAAUGCCGAAUCCUUCACGGCAUCAGGCUACUUCCGUACCGGCGAUCAAGGUCGCAAGGACGAGGAUGGCUAUGUGCAGAUCACAGGGCGCAUCAAGGAGCUCAUCAACCGCGGAGGUGAGAAAAUUUCGCCGAUUGAGGUCGAUAACGCGCUCGCGGCACAUCCUUCUGUCGGUGAAGCGGUCUCCUUCGCCAUGGAGAGUGAGAUGUAUGGGCAGGAGGUUGGCGCCGCGAUUGUGUUGAAGGAGGGCAAGAAGGUUACCGAGGAGGAGUUGAAGAAGUUUGUGGGUGAGAAGUUGAGUAAAUUCAAGGUCCCUGUGAAGAUAUGGUUUGUCGAUAACAUGCCCAAGACGGCGACGGGGAAGAUCCAGAGGAGAGUGGUGGCAGCGGAGAUGGCCAAGAAGGAGGCACCAGUGAAAGCGAAGUUGUAG